CAAGAGUCUAGCAAUUUCUUUUCCAUGUAUUUCAGAAUAUGCGAAAUAGCAACUGAUUUACAAAGUUAAUAAAGAAUUGUUUAAAAUUUUGGUGAAGAGUCACUGGUGCAGUUAUUCAUCUGAAAAAGCAACAUGCCGAAGAAUAAGGGAAAAGGAGGUAAAAACAGAAGAAGAGGCAAGAACGAAAAUGAAACCGAAAAACGUGAGUUAGUGUUCAAAGAGGAUGGCCAAGAAUAUGCCCAAGUAACCAAAAUGUUAGGGAAUGGUAGAUUAGAAGCUAUGUGCUUUGAUGGUACUAAAAGAUUGUGCCAUAUUCGAGGGAAACUUCGAAAAAAAGUGUGGAUUAAUCAAGGAGAUAUUAUCCUUAUCGGUCUUCGUGACUACCAAGAUGCAAAAGCUGAUGUUAUCCUCAAAUACACUUCAGAUGAAGCUAGAAAUCUUAAGACAUAUGGAGAAUUCCCAGAAUCUGUUAGAAUAAACGAAACCGUUACAUUUGUGGAGGAAGGAUUAGAUGAAGAUAUUGAGUUUGGCGAUGACAUUAGUUCAGGAGAUGAAGCAGAUCCUGUUGAUGGUAUCUAAAAUAAAGUUUAAUUUAACAACAAACACAUAGCUGUAAAAUAUCAACUGAUUGCUGAGUUUGUUUGAAAUAUGUUGAAUUAAAUGAUAGAUAUGUUUUA